UCAUUUCACAUUUAACAGGCUCCAGUUCAGAGACUCUGACAGUUAAUAGCUGAGAAGGGGCAGAAAAAGACUCAAGGACAAUGGCUGAAAUCAGAUGGAUUAAAACGUCUUCAUUUCUGAUGCUGCUGCUUCACUUUACAGCAGCAGUGACUGGACAACAUUCCCUCAGCUUUGUUGUCAGAGUUGGAGGUGAAGUGUCUUUGAUUUGUGAAAAUGUGAUAGAUGGUCAGGACAAAUGUGACGGCACUACAUGGCUCUUCAUUGGUACAGGAAGCACAGCACCAGUACAGCUGAUUGAACUUGGGAAGAUUGGUGAAAAAGCCAAAGCUAAAUCAGACAGACUGAGCGUUACAGCAAGCUGUUCUCUGGUUAUAAAGAAGGCCACAGUUGAGGAUGUUGGUUACUACAACUGCAAACAGCUUGAAUCAGGACAUCAACAAUUUGAAGAGACUCAGGUUGUUCUGUCUGUUAUUAACAUGACUGAACAUGAGGACCCUGAUAAGGUGACGUUAACCUGCUCUGUGUCGACAUAUGGACAGUGUGGACACACAGUGAAGUGGCAGUAUGAGGGUAAAGAUGUGGACAAAGACAACAAAGACAUGAAGACAUCGCAGUCUGACUGCACAGUUACUGUGACAUUUCUUACCUCUUCUCUCAAGCAGAAGUCAAAGUAUCAUGAGUUGCUGAAGUGUGAAGUGACUGAUGGCUACACUAACAAAGUGCAGCUGUUUCCCUUCAGCCCUCAGCCCUCAGGUGAGAAAUCAGGUGCAGCUACAACAAGAUCAAUAUCAACAGCAGCACCACCACCGCCACCAACAACACAAGAAGACUGGUGGAGGUUCAGCAUUGUGUCUGUGGGUUUAGCAGCACUCAUAAUAAUCGUUGUGGCCGUCAACAUGUGGACAAGAACUAAAGGGAAAAAAACACAGAUGGAUGAAAACAAAGUGUAUGAUGAUGAAGAUGAAGAUGAUGGUGAACUAUGAAAACUUUGGAGACUCUUCUGCCUCAGUCAGACUCCGCUGAUCAACAACUUCCAUAUCAACAUCAACUCACCAGAGAAAAGACUCCACUGCAGUUAAAUAAUAGCACGUUUACACGAGCAGUUGAAGCCUUUAGAUAACAGAAAUCUAACGAGAUCAUUUUGGGUUUUUUAUUACUGAUUGUUUUUGUUUUUAUUUAUCAGUGUGAGAAAUGUUUGUGUGCUCAGCCAUUUCUAUUUCAGUCUGACUUUGGACAACAAUAUUCAAGUCUUGAUUUCAUCUCAUAUCAGGAAGCCCACUGUAAGUUUCACAAAAUGUCUUUUCCUGCUUCAGUUCAGAAGACAGCAGCUGGAUUUCAACUUCAUUUAACAGGAACGAGCAUUUAACGCUUCCAGCUGAAGAGUUCAGACCUGAGUUUAAGGUUUACUGGUUGUUUUUGAAGCUACAGCAGCUGGAGCUCAGAUUCAUGUCUCCGUGUACAGAAGAACUCAUUUUAAUUCACUUUCAUUUAGCAUUGUUUUUGACAUAUUUGUUGGGAUGUGUAUGUGUUUGGCUUGAAUGUGUUUUCAGCCUUAAUGGAGUCAGUAACAGUAUUCUCUUUGUUAUAUCUGAUAACAAUAUAAUCUGCAAAUAAAGAAAUG